UGGCUGGACUAGCUACAUGGGUUUCCCCUUCUCUCACUUCUACUUACCAACUCCUCUCUCCAUGACACUCAGUCACAUCACUGUGCUGGUGUGUGUGUGACAGGUGUGUGUGUUGGUGUAUGUGGUGAAGUGUUGCGAUGCGGCUCCUGCUCCUCCACGGUGUGUUUUUCCUCCAGUGUGUGUGGUUCUCCCAGCAGCAGUUUCCCAGGCUCUGCGCCACAGCGGAGGCCCUGCUCUCUAAAGAGUGCUGCCUGGUCUGGGAGGGGGAUGGCUCGGCCUGCGGGGCCAGCUCUGGCAGGGGGUUCUGCCGGGACGUGGAGGUAUCGGAUCUCCCUAACGGGCUGAAUUACCCCUUCUCCGGCUUGGACGACAGAGAGAGGUGGCCUCUGGUCUUUUAUAACCGGACCUGCCAGUGCGCCUCCAACUACAUGGGGUUCAACUGCGGAGAGUGCCAGUUCGGGCUGUUUGGGGCUAACUGUGAGGAGAGGAGAGAGUCCGUGCGGCGGAACGUGUUUCACCUGUCGGCGGCGGAACGGCGGAAACUCAUCUCUUACCUCAACCUGGCCAAGCACACCGUCAGCCAGGAUUACCUCAUAGCCACCGGGACAUACCGGGAGAUGAAUAACGGGACCAACCCGCUGUUCUCUGACGUCUCGAUCUAUGACCUGUUUGUGUGGAUGCACUACUAUGUCUCCAGGAAUGCUCUUCUUGGUGGACCGGGGAAUGUCUGGACCGAUGUGGACUUCGCCCACUGGGCUCCCGCUUUUCUGCCAUGGCACCGUGUGUACCUGCUGCACUGGGAGCGCGAGAUCAGGAAACUGACCGGGGACUUUGAGUUCUCCAUCCCGUACUGGGAUUGGCGGGACGCGCAGGGCUGUGACGUCUGCACCGACGACCUGAUGGGCGCCCGGAGCCCGAGAGACCCCAACCUCAUCAGCCCUGCUUCAGUGUUCUCUUCUUGGAGGGUGAUGUGUUCGCGGUCGGAAGACUACAGUGUGAGGGGUGUGCUGUGUGAUGGUAGCGACGAGGGGACGUUGCUGCGUAACCCUGGCAACCACAACCAUAACUUGGUUGCGCGGUUGCCGACGGCAGCAGAGGUGGAGUUCACGGUCAGUCUCCGUGACUAUGACACGGGAGCCAUGGACCGCUCCGCUAACUUCAGCUUCAGAAACACACUGGAAGGUUUUGGGAACCCUCAGACAGGCCUGGGUAACAGUAGGGUGAUGGGCAUGCACGCCUCUCUUCAUAUCUUCAUGAACGGCUCCAUGUCUUCAGUCCAGGGGUCAGCUAACGACCCUAUUUUCCUACUGCACCACGCCUACGUAGACAGUAUCUAUGAGCAGUGGUUGAGGAGACAUGCUCCAGAGCAGACCCACUACCCAGAGUUCAAUACUCCCAUCGGCCACAACAGGCAGUACCACAUGGUGCCCUUCAUACCUCUACACAGGAACAUAGAAUACUUCACCUCCAGCAAAGAAUUGGGGUACGAAUACUCCUACAUGCUCGACUCAGAUCAGAGGAUAUCGGAGGUUCUCAGUCCUUACCUGGAGCUGAUGAUGGAGGCGUGGCCCUGGUUGCUAGGGGCGUUGGUCCUGGGGGCCCUGGUUGCCAUGAUUGUGGCUGCGAUAGCUGUGACUACGACCCGGGUGUGUUGGGGUGCGUGGCCAUGGCAACGCGGGGAGAAGAGUUCAGCAUUCCACCUACCAGAGAGGGAACCUCUCAUCAUCAGCAGUGAUAGUGAUACCCCAAACUACCACACUGUUUAGCCCCAACUACCACACUGUUUAGCCCCAGCAACUAUACAGCUAACUCCUAGCCCUGCAACCCUAGCCUACAGCCAAGCCAUAACCUUUUAAUUACCACCCAGACAAUUUGUUGCCUAUCUGUCACACCUGCCAACAUGUAAAGGGCCCCUACAGAUGUAGGAUCUUAAUUUGUAUCUAAUUAUAGCAGGAAAUUAAUCCUGCAGCAACAGGUAAUGUUAAUUAUUAUGUGGAUUAUAAUUAAUGGAAAUGUUUGUAGGGGUUGAUACAU